CCAUGGCUAUGAUCGGGGCUUUGCCCAAAGAACUGGCAGAAGCUGUGUCGACUAGCCGGCUGCUCGUCGUAGGGGCUGGAGGCAUCGGCUGCGAGUUACUGAAAAACUUGGUGUUGACCGGCUUUAUCAACCUGGAUGUGAUUGACCUGGAUACUAUUGAUGUCAGCAAUCUCAACAGACAGUUUCUUUUUCAAAAAAAGCAUGUUGGAAGAUCAAAGGCCCAGGUAGCUAAAGAAAGCGUGCUGCAAUUUUGUCCUGAAGCCAACAUUACAGCCUAUCAUGACAGCAUCAUGAACCCUGAUUAUAAUGUGGAAUUCUUCAAACAAUUCACAAUGGUCAUGAAUGCUUUGGAUAAUAAUGCUGCAAGAAACCACGUAAACAGGAUGUGUCUGGCUGCUGGUAUUCCCCUUAUUGAAAGUGGAACUGCAGGUUACCUUGGACAAGUUACUGUUGUCAAAAAGGGAGUUACAGAGUGCUAUGAGUGUCAACCGAAACCAACCCAAAAAACAUUCCCAGGCUGCACAAUCCGCAACACUCCAUCUGAGCCCAUUCACUGUAUUGUGUGGGCAAAAUAUUUAUUCAACCAGUUAUUUGGGGAAGAAGAUGCAGAUCAGGAAGUAGCUCCUGAUAUAGCUGAUCCUGAGGCAGCCUGGGAUCCUACACAAGCAGCUGAAAGAGCCAAUGCUUCUAAUGUGGAUGGAGAUAUAAAAAGAGUGUCUACAAAACAAUGGGCUAAAUCCACAGGAUAUGACCCCAUAAAACUUUUUAACAAGCUGUUUAGAGAUGACAUCAAAUACCUACUGACGAUGGACAGACUUUGGAGGAAACGGAAACCACCAGUUCCAUUAGAAUGGUCGAGUCUACAUAAUAAAGAGAAUUGUUCAGAGACCCAGAAUGAAUCUUCACUGCAAGGCCUGAAAGAUCAAAAGGUUUUGGAUGUCACCAGUUGUGCACAGCUGUUUUCCAAAAGUGUAGAGACCCUCAGAGAACAGUUACGUGAAAAGGGAAAUGGUGCAGAGCUUGUGUGGGAUAAGGACGAUCCGCCUGCAAUGGAUUUUGUCACUGCUGCAGCUAACCUCCGAAUGCAUAUCUUCAGCAUGAACAUGAAAAGCAGAUUUGAUGUCAAGUCUAUGGCAGGUAACAUUAUUCCAGCAAUAGCUACUACCAAUGCAGUUAUCUCAGGACUGAUUGUGCUAGAAGGUUUGAAGAUUUUAUCUGGUAACACUGAGCAAUGCAGAACAGUUUUCUUGAACAAACAGCCAAACCCAAGAAAAAAAUUACUUGUCCCAUGUUCUCUGGAUCCACCGAAUCCCAGCUGUUAUGUUUGUGCUAUUAAGCCAGAAGUAACAGUAAAGUUAAAUGUCCAUAAGGUGACUGUCCAGAUGUUACAAGAUAAGAUCCUGAAAGAGAAAUUUGCAAUGGUUGCACCAGAUGUUCAGAUAGAAGAUGGUAAAGGUACAAUCCUAAUAUCUUCAGAGGCAGGAGAGACCGAUGCAAAUAACAACAGAAAAAUAUCAGAAUUUGGUAUUAGGAACAGCAGCCAACUUCAAGCCGAUGACUUUCUUCAGGAUUACACUCUGAUGAUAAACAUUUUACACAGUGAUGAAAUGGAAAAAGAUGUGGACUUUGAAGUUGUAGGAGAUGUUCCUGAGAAGGGCCCUCAAAAGCCAUCAGAACAAAGUGUUAAAAAUAUCACUAAUGGCAGUGAUGAUGGGGCCCAGCCAUCAACUUCCAAAGCUCAAGACCAAGAUGAUGUAUUAAUUGUUGACUCGGAUGAAGAAAGCCCAUCAUCCAGUAAUGCUGAUAUCAACAUGGACAGUGCAAGCCUAAAGAGAAAACUGCCCGAAGAAGAGACCAUUAGCAGCACCAAGAGGAAGCGCCUUGAGCCACCAGUGGAAGAGGAUGAUGACAUAAUAGCGCUUGACUGAGUCUCACUCCGCAGGCCAAAUGGUUUAUGUCACGUGACUUUUAUUAGGGUGUGUUAAAUGUCCAGCGCUAGAGUAUUAGCCCUUACAUGAAAUCCAUCCAUGCCAGUUACCAUUUUUUUUCUAUAUUGUCUGUGAAAUUAGAAAACUCAUGUUUAUUUAUAAAUUCAUAAUCUGUAUUUUGGCUGUUAUGUGCAGUAGCACAUUCUUAAUACUUUCAUUGUUAAAAAUGAUUUUGUAAGUGGUUUAGUGCUAAUAACUGUGGUAUAAAAAAAAUGUUGAUCUCCCAUAUUUAAGUACAUUUUGUUACAUAUUAUUUUCUUUUAGAACAAAAAGGACAGACGCUUUAUCUAGAGCUAAAUAUUUCUCACACCCUAAUGUGAAAUAGUUAUCAUUUUCCACUAAGUGCCACACCAGAAGCCCUAUCAUGGUUGCAGAAGUCUGCAAGGAUUUUCGUAACCCCAGAGCCUUUUCACUAGUGAAUUGGUUGGCCAUCUGCAGGCACUGUGUACAUUACUGUAAAACAAUUCAUUUCUUGUUCUUUCUCAGCUUGUACUGCCGGUUUAAGUCGAUGCUCCGCAACUUUUGUGCAUUGUUCCAGGUUAUUUAUAUUUGAUGUUUUGUAAACCUCAAAUACAGCUUCCAUACUGUAUCUCCUAUCGGACCAAAUAAAAGACAUCUUGUUAA